AUGUCCAAUACGAUAAAAUCUAUUUUUGGUCUUGUGAUAACUACCAUUGUUAUCACUAAUGCGGCUUCUUCGACAAAUUUGCGUGAAUAACUAUACAAACAUAAACGAAUUUCGUACUUAGUAUUAAUAUUUGAGUACAAAACCUUUGAACCAUAUAGUUUAGACAUAUAGGUAAAAAUAAUUAACCGCAUUAAAAAUUUCGAAUUAUUUUUAAAUAUUCUCUUUUCUUUAAAAAUUCAAUCGUCUAGUUUAUAACUAAAACGGAACAACAAAGAUUCUUUAAAGAUGAUUUAAAAUAGUACUUAAAUUAUUAUGUAGAAUACUGAAACUGAAUAUUAAUAAAAAAAAUAGUAACCAUUCGGUAGGAUUACAAAAUUAUAAAUAAUUAUUGAUAUUGUUUUCUAACGUAGUCGUACUAUCCAAUAUGCGCUGUUGUAUUUAGUUAAUAUAUAAAAUUAUUAAAAAAAGUAUUUUUUCAACGUUUGAAAUAAUUUUGGGCAUUUGCUCUUGUUUUUUUGUGCAUUAAAAUCCACCCGUAGUUACAAUUAGUAAUUAUAAUAAUUAUUGUUCUAGCAAAAGGUUUUAUACAAUGCAAGAAAAAUGAUCCGAAAUUGAACGAAUGUCUAAAGGACGGUCUUCAAAGUGCUAUUCCUCAUUUAGCAGAGGGUAAAAUAAAAAAAAACAUACUCUAAAAUAAAGAUUUAUUUCACGAAAUUACUAAUAUUGUAAUGAUUUUGUUAUACUUAUAUCUGUAUAAAUAUAACGUUCCGUAGGUGUUCCGAGUUUAGGACUAAUCAAAGUAGACCCAUUGCGUAUUGAAGAGUUGAAAAUUAAUCAAGAAAGUGGUCAUCCAGUAAAUUUGGACUUAAAAUUUAACGACGUAGAUUUGAUUAACUUGAAACAUAGCCAGAUAAAAUCAGUUUAGUGNAUUCUACUACAGUUAUGAUUCUGUAAACUAUAAUGCUAAAAUCGAAGUACUAUUGCCGGAAUCUUUAUUAUUGGAGGGAAACUAUGAAAUAAAUGGUAAAGUGCUUGUUUUACCAAUAACAGGAAAGGGGAAAUGUAAACUUGUUACAGGUAAUUUAAUUGUUCAGUCUAUAAAAAUGGAUAAAUUGAAUUAAAAAUAAAUGAACUGCUAUAUAAUACCUAUAUUUUUACGUUGUUUUAGAUAUUUCAAAUGCUGUCAUUAAUGUUCAAUUCAAACCAGUGGUAAAAAAUGGAAACACAUUCUUGGAUAUCAACAAUUUUACAUUUGAAUUUACCGCUACGAAAUUGCAUUUGCAAUUUGAUAAUCUGUUUAACGGAGAUAAAGCUUUAGGUUUGUUUAUGUGUGAUAUAUUAAGAGCAUAUGAGAAUAAAAAUAAUUAUAGUGGUUAAAUUAAUUUUCAAUAAGUAGUUGAUUUUCUGCUCUAAACAAUCUUAUUUUGUAAUUUAGAAAUAGUUAUUUUUCUGGUUUAAACUAUUCAAUUUUUAAUCUAGAAAUGGUUUAUUUAUAUAAUGUUUGACUGUUAAAAUAAUUAUCUCAUUGUAUUAUUACAGGCGACAAUAUGAACGUGUUCCUAAACGAAAAUUGGCGUGAUAUCUUGAAAGAAUUGCAGCCUGCCGUUGAACAGGUUUUGAGCAUGGCUUUUAAAGAGAUAAGUCAACAUUUUUUCAACAGUAUUCCGGAAAAUGAAAUACUUGUAGCCUAAACAUAUAACAAUACAAUGCGACCAUUGCCACACGUUUGGUUGCAUACUGCACUAAAAUGAUGUUUUUCUUAUACUGUGGGUUAUUAGUCACUGUUAAAUAUUUUUUAACUUUGUUUUACUAACAAUUAUUCUUUUUUUGUUUAAUUUGUCUGACAAUAUAUAGUAUUAAAUUUUUAAAAAUCGUUAAAUAUUUUUGAUUUGUUUAUUGAUACUAUCCUUGAUACUAGGUAGUUACAAUAUAUAUCUAUAUGUGGUGCAUGAUUACUUAUAGACNGUACAAUUUUGAAUGAGUUAUAGUAACUUAAAUAUUAUUUGUAAAUUUUACAUCGUUGAAAUGUAUUAUACCAACAGGUAUAAAAUAUGCGUGUUUUUUUGUACAUAAUUUGUUUGAGUUUCUGUGCCAUUGUUUGGAAUUCGUCUGCGAGAAAUUUUUAUUUAUUUAUUAACAAAGAAAAAUGCGUAGUUUGGACUAUCUAUGUUAGAGUUUAAAAUUUUAUUAGGUAUUUUUUAUUGUUACAAUAGUCAUACUAACUAUAUCUACUUAUCUAUUAUACAAAGUGUCCUGCUCCGAUAUUUACAUUCGCCAUCAUUUAUGAGUGGAAUCCUGGCCUCAACAGUACUUUUAACAGGACAUUUUUAUAUUUUCUAAUUUUAUAUUUUGUUUCUUUGAAAACCCAAGAUUAAUUGAAAGAUAAACGAGAAAUUUAUGAAUAUAAUGUUUUUUAUUAUUUAUUGUAACCUAAUUAUACCUAUUUGUUGACUUAAAAUUUGGACCGAAAACUUAUGUUUACCUUUUCUAAACGUGGUAAAAUUUUCAAACUAUUUACGCCAUCUUUAAUCUAUUUUUAGACAUUUCAAUUUCGCGAAUUUUAUACGUAUUGUUUUUUCCAUAUGUACUUUGUGAUAAAACUUUAUGUAUAAACAGGAAUGAUAGAAAUUGUAAUAAGAAAUUCAUGACAUUUUUUACUUGGUGAUCUAAAAAAAGAAUUUAAGCUUAGUUUAUUUUUUCGUAUACAUUUUAAUAUCAAAUUUUGUCGAAAAUCGUUCGAGUAAAAAAUUGUGUUGAACAAAUCUAAUUUUACAAAAUUUUUUUUUGUAUGUACGUAAGCUAAUCAAAAAGUAUCGAUACUGGAAGUAUCACUUGGAAACCGAGCAUUGAAGAGCAGUAGGAUUGGUAUUACUUUCUAAGGUCAUCGCUCGCUCGGCCUAUUUAAUCGCAAAAUAUCAGAAAUCUUGCUUCCGUGUGUGUACAUUACAUUAUACAGAUUUUAGAACCACGUAGAAGUCAGAAUUCGGAGGGCUGACUUAGUUUCGAAAUUUUAACUUUUUCAAAUUUUGAUAUUAUGCGGAUAUUAUAUGUGUAACUCAAUAUUGUAGGCAUUACGUUAUGUAUGUCUAAUGGUGUUACGAAUCUGUUAUUGACCCUAAAAUCAGAAAUUCAAAUCCGUGUUCCAAAAAAAAUAUUUGUUUAUUUUUUCCUUGCUACCUAAAUAGGAAAAUAGCAAUUACAUUUUGGAUACAUUUAUAUACAUUCAAUCGUAAAAUAUAACAUCGCUCGCUUAGACUGUUUUAAUCGAAAAUACCCCUCGAUUUAUUUUGCAAACUUUUCUACCAGAAAUCUUGCUCUAAUGUAUUAAGUGUAGCACUUUUUCUAAAACGAAAUUAUUUUAUCUACAUGAUACUUUAGGGGAAUACAUAUUUUUUAUUUUUCCAUGAGUUUUUCCAAUCAUUAAAAAUACUAAAUAUAAAUAUUAGUAAAAAAAUAUGACGGCCUUUUUUUCAUCCGUGAACAAUUUUUAUACCAGCAAUUUUACUCCAAUAAACAAUGAUAACACUUUUUCUGAAAAUGAAUCUGGCCGGAGUGGUACUUCAAGGAGGUCAUUUUUUGAUUUUUCCUGGAGUUUUUCCAAUAAAUGAGAAAAACACGAGAACAAAUAAUGACAAUAUUUAACAAAUAUUUUCAAAGAGAAUAUAUAUAUAUAUAUAUAUAUAUAUAUAUAUAUACAUAUAUUCAUAUAUGUUUAAUGAUUUUGCCAUUAUGUGAGAUAUUAUAAAUUAUUGACAAAUCAAUACUAUUAACUGAAAUCCGCACAGAAUUGUAAUUCGUUAGCAGUAGUUAAUCGUUGCGUACAGAUAUGCAUUGAAUUUCCUCUCAAUUAACAAUAGAGCUUCACCCAAGUGUGAAGUAUAUCUGUCUUUUUGUUCAUGCAUAUAUGGCUAAAAGACAUAAAAGAUAAAAAAAAAAAAAAACACAUUAUAGAAAAUGAGGAUAAUUCCUCGCUGCUCUCUGAAUCUAAAAUAAUAACGAAAUAAAAUUGCUGACGGCGUUUAUAAAUAAAUAAAUAAAUAAAUAAAUACAAAUAUAUAAUAUUAAAUUUUAUCUAUUUACUAAUAAUACAAUAUUGUUUAUUUUAAACACACGAUGCCAUGAAUAGGAAAUGUCCUAAACAGGCUGAACGAAUUUGUUGGGAAAUAAAACGAACCAUAGUAAUGAAUAUACGCUUUGCACUAGUGAAAAUGCCCGAUGUGCGUUGAACGGAAUACUCUACCCGUACUAAAUAUACACGGAAAAUAUUUAUAGAAUUAUAAAUUAACCGUCUAUUGACAGCGAUUUGCACCUCAUCGCCUACACUAGAACGAUGUCGCUGUACAACUCUAUAUUCCAGAAUAAAGAAACCGUGACCGUGGCCAACAGAGCGUACGAGCGUACGAACUCGUUCACAUUCACGUAAAUUAUACACGAAUACAAUGUACUAACAAACUUGUGCAGAAUAUUACACAAAACGUAAAUUAUUACUAGUACAUUAUUGUUAUACACUACACCGUACACCUGUCUACUUAUAGUAUACAUUGAUAAAAAAAUAUUAAUUAAAAUCCGUACAAUUACCGGAUACUCGUUACUGUCUUUGAUAAUUAUUAUUACAAUAUAAUAUUGAAGGCAUACGGUUUUUUUUUUUUUUUUAUAUAAUUUACUAAGAAAAAAUAAAAAAUAAACACCUUUAAAGGACAAUUUUUGCUACAAGAAAAUAUAUCAUACUUGAAAAUCGGAACCGAAUUUCUUAUUUCCGGUAGACAAUUUUGUUCAUAGUCUCCCCCUCAUCCCCUAUAAAAAUGCAUACAUCAUAGUAAAGUCGAGACAAGAAUGUAUUGCUGCGCUCGGAAUGUAAAAAUAUAUUGUCUGUGGGCUAUUUAUCGAUAGGAUAAUUACAAUUUAUAAUCGUUAUUAGGUUAAUGAUGAAAACAAAUUUAUGGAUAUCGUAUAAUUACAGUAUAAUAAUAAUUCAGGAUAUUCAAUUAAAUUAUUAUGCAAUUUAUACAAGAAAAAUAUAUCUAAUUUUUAUUUCUAAUUUCUAAAGUAUUUCAAUUUAAUACACUGAGUAAUGGCUCAUAAGAUGUGUAUGCAUCUCUAUGUACAUAACAAUUAAUAGAAACAAAUCUUAAAUAUGGGUGUUGGACAGUUUCUAGUUCUUUAAAAUCAUAUCUGAUAUUGUGUCCAUAAGGUGGAGUUAUAUGCAAGACAUGACCGGACUUGUGAACAGUAUAAUAGUUUUAAAGCAAUAAUAUUUGUAAAAUUGUACAAUUAACCUACUGUUAAAUUUGUAAGCAAUUCUUUUUAGUCUAACAAUUUUAUCUAGAGAGUACCAAAGAAUAAAAUUACAUAAAAACUCGCAAAAUUAAAUAUCUACAAGUUGCUCAAAUAUUAUAAAAAUUGUACCACAUUUAGAAAAAAAUUAAUUUAAAUUUUUUGUUUCAAUUGUAAGUUUCUGCAGAUAUAUUUUUAACUGAAUAGCAACAAAUAAACGAAAUUUGAAAAUAAUAAAAACAUUAUUUUCGGAAAUGUAUACGUUGUUUCUACGUUUUUUGUAUUGGUAUAAACCAAUCAUUAAAAAAACUACAAAUAAAAUCAGAAAAACUACUACUUUCUGAAGUACUAAAUAUAUUUUUUUUAAAAAAAAAGAUCUUUUGUCGUUCUUCCAUUGAAGCAAAAUAAUAAUAUAAUAUGCAUGAAUCAAAUCCUGUACAUUAUUGUUACACGGCCGGUAUAUUAUAAUAUAUUAUAUCGCAUUAUUUUAUAUUAAAUACAUAUACGUUAUAUAUUAUUUUUGUUUAAGCGCUCGAAUAUGCACUUUUUACAACAUGAUUAUAAAUCAUCGAAUUUUCUUUACUUUUUAUGAACAUUAAAAUAAGCAUGCAUUAUACAUGUACACAAACUUUUCGAAAGUUCUCUUAAUAAUUAUUAAAAACCGUAUCAAAAUCUGUUGCGUAUUUUUAAAGAAUUAAGCGCACAAAUAAACAGACGCCAAUAAAAACUUUGUUUUAUAUUAUUUAGUGAUAUUGAAAAUGUUUUAAACGUUAAAAAUUAACCAAUAUGUUCUCAAGAGUUAAAACAUGCUUAUUUUUUUUAUCAUGGGCGUAUUUACUGGGGGGAGGUCAUAAUGUUUAACCCCCCCCCCCAUUGGCCGUUUUUUUAUUUUUUUUUUAUUUUUAUAUAAUCAAUUCGAUAUAAAUUUGUAUAGGAUCUGAAAAUUCUUUGUCGCAUCAUAUAGUUUAUACUUACAAUUUAAAAAUUACAUUUUAAAAUAAGUUGCAUUAAAUUUUGUAUUGUUAUUUCUAUUCUUAUUCAAAUUAUUAUUGAUAAUAGUAAACUUCAUUACUAGAGGUGUGUGCACUGAUUGCCCCUUCCUUUUGGAAAUUCCCGAGAAUGCUACUGGAUCUUCUUCAUUCUUAAAACAUAAACGGAAAUAUAAUGUUUCUAUAGCUUUUAAAUAAAGAAAUAACUUUUUUAUCUAUUUUUAUUUAAUUUUUAAAUAAUUAUAAAAAGUCGUAUUCAAAAUUCAGAAUUAAAUGCUAUUUUAAAUUGAUAUUUAAUUAAGAUAUUUUAUACCAAAAUGAAACACGUUAUUUGUUUUUCACAAGCUCUUUACAAUGGAGGGAUUUUUUUUUUUCAAAAAUAUUAAAAACAAUUUUUCUUAAUAAUUGUAUACAAUUGAAUAUAAUAUAUAUAUAUUGAAAUGAUCUCGAUAUUGGCAAUAUUAUACUCUUAAUGUGAAAUUUGUAAUAUAUGUAUGCUCUUUUAUCCAAUUAGUUCUUUUAUCAGUUAUACUAGUUUUUAAUAAUUAAUUAUCAAUUAAAAUUAGUGAACACUUUGCGAUAAACUAUGCUCUUUAAUUUAUUCCUGAACCCCAUUUAAAAAUUGUUACUUAUUUGAACAAAACGAUAUUUUUUGUUGCACUUUGUUGACAAACGCCCUUAAAAAUUGACCGAACUGCACUGCCUAUCCCAGGUACAUUUGUUAUAGUGUAUAAUAGUAUACAAUCUUAUAAUUCAUAAAAGGUUAAUUAGAUUAUUUUGUGUUUAAUUAAUUAACCGGAAUGAUGGAAAAUCGGAUAUGAUAAAUAAUUAUAAAAAGCAGUGUAAUUAAGCUGUUUACAACCAAAAGUUGUACAAAUAUUAUAUACAGGGUUUCCUACAGAAUUAUUUGAAUGCAAAUAACUCUGUCAAUAUUCAAUAUUUUUUUUUCAAUGACUUCGUGUCAGGAGAAAACAAAUGUAGAGAAACAUUACAUUUUUAUUUUCAUCAUUUAAACAUUAAAAAAAAAAAUAAAUUGUUUUAUUCAAUUACUUAUUCAAAUUUUUAAAAUAGCCAUUUUAUAAAAUAUAUAUGUAUUAAUCUAAACAUUUGAAUCUAUCAUUUAUUCAUAUCCGAUCAAUAGUUUUUUAGAAUAGCUGUUUUAAUUUAUAGUGAAAACCUACUUAUUGUUAACGUUUUUAUCUUUUGACAAUUUUAUAACCUACCUUUUAUUACGAUAUUUAUUAGGAGUUUAGCAACUUAAUAAACUUGAUCAUAGAGGAAAAAAUUGUAUUAUCCUGGGAGAUUUUAAUGCCAGAUUCGAUGGAGUAAGAGAAUCUCAUAUAGCUGGGAAAUAUGGACUCGAUGAAAAGAACACAAGAGUUGACAAUCAUAUAGAGGUUUGCACAAAUAAUAAAUUGACAAUAACAAAUUAAUUUGUUCAAUAUCACAAAAGAAGACGAUAUACUUGGAAAGCUCUUGGCAAGACAUGAUGGUGACCGGUAAGGAAUCAAAUUAAAGACAACAGGAGCUGCCCAAGUGCUUAUAUCCAUAGUGACCACAAUAUGAUAUUGAUGCACAUUAUCUUAAAUUUAAGAUAUUUCAAUAAAAAGGAAGGAACGCGCUUCAGGUAUCGAAUUUUAGAAAUGAAUCCACUAGAAUAAAUAAAUAAGAAAAAAACCAAAUGAGGUCAUAAGAGAAUACAACAUGAUAUAGGAUACGAAUAUAACCAAUUGUGCUGAAAAUAAUUAAAAAAAAAAAAAAAACAUAAAACAGUGUCUUUAAAAGAUUGUGGAAUAGGUUUUUAGAAGAAAAAAGACAACGGUUAGAAAAUAAUAUGAAUAUGAUAAACAAUGUAGUUUGAAUUAAAAAUCAAAGAAGAAAAUAUAAGAAUACGACUGAUAAGUUAAACAUUGAAAAAUACAAGAAAAUAUUAAAGACAAUUAAUAUCCGUAUUUAUGUAAGAAGUGUAAAGAAACAUUUUUGGAUAAUAUCUGCACAGAGGCUAAUGAACAGUGGAAAUCAGAAAAAACGGAUAAAGCAUAUGGAACGUUAAAAUCUUGUUUGGUGAAAGAAAAAUCAUAAAUACAUAUGUCAAAGGGGAAAGCAAUGACAUUCUACAUGAAGAAUUAGAAGUAACAAAACGUAAGAGAGAAUAUUGAAAACACCUAUACGUAAAGGAGAAAGUUACAGCCGCGGAUAUACAGGAAUAGGCAGAUGAAGAUCAAGAUCACUUAAGGAUAGAAAGCGAAGGCUGUACAAUAAUGAAGGAAGAAUUUGAAAAAGCAUCAAUUGAAUUAAUAGUUUCCAGUAGAAUGUGUAUCCAGAAUAGUGGAGAAAAGUUCAAGAAUAUGCUGUGUAAACUAAUAUACAAAAUGUAUGAAACUAAAAAUAUACUCCAAGAUUUUACAAAAAUGUAUAAUAGUACCAAAUACCGAAUAAAGCAGGAGGAAGAAUCUGUGAACAAUAUGGAACAUUAUGUCUGCUCAUACAUGUUUCAAAAUUCUUACACGUAUUGUGCUGAAACGUAUCAAUCGAAAACAGAUUUGGUUUUAAAAGACAAACCGAAGUAAGAGAAGCUAUACUCGCACUUAAGCAAAUUAUAAAAAGCAAAUAUCAUAGCUUUUAUAUACUUAGAGAGGCGUAAGGUUGAGAACCCUUGCUCUAGAUAAUAAAACGGCUAUAAAUAAGAAACUAUUAUUUGUAUAUAAAUGUAUGAUCCAAUGUUUAGAAUAAUAUAUUUGAUAAAUUAGUUAUUUUGACAAUUUUAAGAAUGAAAAAAUAAAGUUAUUUUUUUUUCGUUAAUAAAGGAACGAAUAUAAAAAAAACUUCCUAGCAUAAUGAGGAUGGGUUCAAUCACCGUUUUAGGUAAUUUUAUGUAUAUCUAAUAGUAUCGAUCAAACAUUGCUAACGAAAAAAAGAUUCUGAGCAGAGUUCAAUUAAUAAUGGUGAUUUGUUAACAAUGUGUAUUUCAUAUUAUGAUAAAAUAAUUAAAUAGGCAUUAUAAAUUAUCUUUAAUUAUAUUAUUUUAAUGUACCGAUUUUCCCUUUGUUUAUGUUUUUCCCAUGUUUUUUUUCGGUUUAUCAUAUUUAACAAAAUAAUAUUCGAGAAAAUCAAAAAAUGGCCUCUCUAAAGUACCUCUUCAGUUAAAUUUCCUUUUAGAAACAUUUUGAUCAUUAUAAAUUGGAGCAAAUUGCUGAUAGAAAAGUUGUCCAUAGGUCAUAAUAUUUUUAACUAAUACCUACAUUUCUUAAAUUUUCCUGUUUUUCCUCAGUUUUUUCGGUUUUUUAUAUUUGUUGAAAAACUCUUGAGAAAAUUGAAAAACGACCUCGUGUACCUAACCUAAUGUACCUACCCACAUCGAUUUCCUUUCAAAAAAAGUGCUACACGUAAAAAUCGGAUUAUAGAAAAGUUGUACACAGAAAAAAAAAACAAAACUAAACAUUUUUGUAAAACCAUAAGCUUCUUCGCUCCACUCGGAAUCUACAAUUGAAUUCUCUCUAAAUAUGUGUCCCCCUGACACAGAACGCGAUAGAAAAUAAAAAAUGAAUGUUGACAGAGUUAGUAGCAUUCGGAUAGAAUUGUAGAACACGCUGUAUAUAAGCGAAACUAGGGAAACAUUAUAGAGUAUCGGAAUAUAUUAUUUUAGAGAUUCGAAUAAAUAUGGAUGACCGAUAAGUUUACUACGAUUAUUUAGAAUAUGACAUUAUAUUAUAUCAUAAACUUACAAAAGAAAAAAAUAAUAAUCAACAUGAUUUUAAGAAUUUCAAUGUAGUGAUGCUCGGUAUGCUUGUUUAUAGUAGAGUCAUUGAGAGUAUGACGAUGCGACGAUGCAUAAAGGUAACAUUAAAAAACAAUGUAAAUAUUUUAAACAAUGCAAUUUCCUAUAAAAGUAUAAAAUAUUAUAAUAAUACGAAGGCCAACUAUGGUCUUAUGGUAUUAUGGUAUUGAAAUAAAAUUAUUAAAAUCUAUACAAAUUAUCACGAAAUAUUUUAAUAUUUAUAAUUUGUGUGUUAUAUUCUCAAUGUGUGGUUAAAUUUUGAAGUUUUAAAGAAUAUUUAAUUUUUUAUUUAUGCCUAUGUAUACGCACAUUCCGGAAAUGCAUAUCAAAAAUCUAUAUUUAAUUAUAUGUAUGACCUAUACAAGCAAUAUUAUUACAUUAUUGUAAAUUAUAAUAAGUGUGUAAGAAAGUUGUUUUUUUUUAAACAUUUUUUUAAUUGAAAAAUAAUGCAAAAACGAGAAAUUAUGUGGCAUUAGUGUUUAAGUUAUUUGCAAUUAGCAAUUCGGUUGAAAUUAAUUUCGUAUAGACCUGAUUUUUGUAUCAAAUACUCAUAUUAAUCUUUUCUAAACGUGGUCAAAUUUUUAAAACAUUCUGACGACUUUUAAGCUGUUUAUAGGCAUUUUCUAUUUUUCAGUUUUAAUUUGGAUAAAUAUUUUAGCCGAACAGAAACUCAUGAAUAAGAGAUCAAAGUUUAUCUUAGUGGUAAAUUAAAAAAAGUUCAACGUUAUGCAGAACUUUUUUCUUUUAUAAGCAUUUUUUUGACGAAUUACUUAAAAACUACGGUAUUUCAAAUUCGCUCUGAAUCGUAUAGACGUAAAUUAAAUAAUUUUAUAAUAUAUUCUACAUACCCGAUUUCAUAUUUAAAAUAGUGAGACAACCAUCUUCAGUAUAAGCUCUAAUUUAGGUAAAUUUAUAAAUAUGUAAGCAUAUUAAUUUUUGAUUGCUCAAAAUAUCAUUCCUGUUGUAAUUAUAAAAAUUAAAAUAUUAAAUUAACUUGUAUGUUUAGCUUGGUUAAACACAGUAUGUUAACAUUUCAAUCAUUUCCUGUCCUCGAACCUAAAAAUUCAUAAUUUAUAUCUAUGCAUAAGUUUGUAAAUUAGUUGUUUUACCUUGCAGGGCAAACCGACAUGAAAGGUAGGAAUAUACAAAAAAAAUGUUCCCAUCAUAUUAUAUAUAAGGCAAAUUGCCUAAGGAAAUUUACUUAUUUGGUUACUUUUAAGCUAAGAGUAUAGUUUAGUAUUUCAAUUAAAAUAAUUUAAUAUUCAUUAUAAUUUAUUGUCAGGUCGUUUUAUUUAUUUUGUUUUUUUUUGUAUCUAGUUGUUCACUUUUUUUUUAACAUGUCUACACAACUAUUCAUAUUUUGUGGUCUUUUAAUAACUAUCAUUGUCACGAUCGAUGGGGCAGCUUCGUCAAAUUUGCGUGAGUAACAAUACAAACAUAAUCGAAUUUUGUAUAAAGUAUUAACAUUUGAGCGCAGAACCUCCAAACCAUAUAGUUUGGACAAAUAGGUAAAAAUAACUAAUCGUUUAAUCCGAAAUUUAUGAAUAUUGCCUUUUCUUAAAAAUACAAUCGUCUAUUUUAUAACCAGAAUGGAACAACUAAGAUUCUUUCAAAAUGAUUUUAAACAGUACUAAGCUAAUUAUGUAGAAUACUGAAACUGAAUGUUGAUACAAAAUAUAGUAACCAAUCUGUUGGUUUACAAAACGAUAAAUAAAUAUUGCUAUUGUAAAAUUAUAAUAAAACUCUCAUACAAUGACAAACAAUUAAAACAAAUGCACUGUUUAUAAUGCUUAUAUUCAUAUUGGCUGAAAUUUAUAUUUUUCUGCUUAUAGUAAUAAUAAGGGUGCAGAACAAAAUGCAAAUUUUGUUUUUUUCGGAAUAUUGUAACGUUCUUUCCAUAUUUUCCAAGCUAAAAAUAAAUUUCAUAUAUCAAAUAAUUAAAACAUGAAACUUUUCCUUUGGAUUUUUUUAAUUUUAAAGUAAUUUUUGGGUUUUCAAUGCAUUUUUUUAUUCUUUUUACACACUUUGUAGGUUCAUCAAAGAAUUUAAUGAAAUUCAUUUUGUUUUCCUCAUAGAAAAAAAAAUAUAACUUUUUUCUAUCGAUGUCUUAUUGCAAAUUUUGAGCUGAUAUUAUUAAUUAAUGUAUGUAAUUAUAAAAAAAAAUUUUCUUUCAACAUUUAAAAUAAUUGUUGGGCUUUUUUUCUUCUUUUCUAUAGCAAUAAAAUCCACCCGUAGUUAUAAUUAGUAAUUAUAAUAAUUAUUGUUCUAGCCAAAGGUUUUGUACCAUGCAAGAAAAGUGAUCCGAAAUUGAACGAAUGUAUAAAGAACGGACUUCAAAUUGCUAUUCCUUAUUUAGCAGAAGGUAUAAAAAAAAAAAUAACAUCCUCUAAAGUAAAGAUUUAUUUUACGAAAUUACUAAUAUUGCAAUAAUUUUGUUAUACUUGUAUCUGUAUAAAUAUAACGUUCCGUAGGUGUUCCGAGUGUAGGACUAAUCAAAAUAGACCCAUUGCGAAUUUUGGAGUUGAAAAUUAAUCAAGAAAGUGGUCGUUCAGUUAAUUUGGACUUAAAAUUUAACGACAUAGACUUGUUUAAUUUAAAACAUACCCAGAUAAAAUCAGUUCAGUGAGUAUAGUACCUAUAAACAGUGUGUUCAUGCAUAAUAAUUAUUAAUGUUAUUCUACUACAGUUAUGAUUCUGUAAACUAUAAUGCUAAAAUCGAAGUAUUAUUGCCAGAAUCUUUAUUAUUGGAGGGAAACUAUGAAGCAAAUGGUAACGUGCUUGUUGUUCCAAUAAAAGGAAAGGGAAAAUGUAAACUUGCUAUAGGUAAUUUAAUUGUUCAGUCCACAAAAAUGGAUAAAUUGAAUUAUAAAUAAAUAAACUGCUAUAUCGUAUCUAUAAUUAUACGUUGUUUUUAGAUAUUUCAAAAGUUGACUUGAAUGUACAAUUUAAACCAGUUGAGAGAAACGGAAACACAUUCAUGGAUAUCAAUAAUUUAACAAUUACAUUUAUCGCUACAAAUUUGAAUUUGCAAUUUGAAAAUUUGAUGAACGCAGAUAAAGCAUUAAGUUAGUUAAUUUGUGAUACGUUAGGAGCAGACGAUAGUUAAAACCAUUAUAAUUAUUUAAUUCAUUUUCAAUAAGUAGUUAUUUUUCUGGUUUAAACUAUUGUAUUCAAUUUUUAAUCUAGAAAUGGUUUAUUAAUUAAAUAUUUGACUGUUAAAAUAAUUAUCUCACUGUUUUAUUUCAGGUAACAAUAUUAACGUGUUCUUAAACGAGAAUUGGCGUGAUAUCUUGAAAGAAUUACAGCCCAAUAUUGAACAGUUUAUGGGCAUGGCAUUACAAGAGAUAAGUCAACAUUUUUUCAACAGUAUUCCGGAAAAUGAAAUACUUCUAGCCUAAACAUAUAACAAUACAGUGCCACCACUGCUAUAUGUUUGGUUGCAUACAGCACUAAAAUGAAGUUUACCCUUUACAGUGGGUUACCAGCAAAAAUAUUUUUUUAACUUUUAUUUAAUAACAAUUAUUUCUUUUUUGUUUUAUUUGUCUGACAAUAUAUAGUAUUUAAUUUUUGUUAA